CACACAGCUCACGUUCACAACCGAGCAACUGUAAAGCCAAGACAACAUGAAGAUGCACAUUCUGAUGGUGGUGGCUGUAGCCGCACUGGUCUCCAGUCUGGCUGAGGCACGGAUCGUGUCCAAGUGUGAGCUGAAAGGCCUGCUUGAAGCAGCAGCUCUCAAGAUGCCGAGCCACAACCACACAGGAAUGUCAGAGGCUGACUUCAUGGCCAAAAUUGUUUGCCAUGUGGAGAAGACUUCAGGUUUCAACACCAGCGUGGUGACUGUUCUGGACCCUGACACUAUCUCCCCUCAAAUGCGGAGAAAGAGAGGUGCUGGAAAAGGCGGCAAGUUCGACUUGGCUAAGUACGUAGGUGAAAAAGGUGGUAGCAAGUCAGGAAGCAAGUCAGGUAGCAAGUCAGGUAGCAAGUCAGGUAGCAAGUCUUCAUCUGGAGAGGACUCAAGUGAAGAGAGUGGCAGUCAUGAGGAACACCAAGACACUGUGUGGACUCUGUAUGGCUUGUUCCAGCUGGGCGACCAUUUGAUCUGCUCCUCUGGCUCCUCUGUGACCCCUAAUCUCUGCCAGAUGAACUGCACUGACUUGAUUGAUGACAACAUAAGUGAUGACAUCACCUGUCUGGAAACAAUCAAGAUGAAACUGGAAACUGGUCCACCAGAACUAGCGGAAUCCUUCAUAAGAACAUACAAGCUGUUGUUCCAGAGGGAAUGUUACACUGUGGUGGCAUCUACAUACUUCGCCUCUUGUUAAAAAACCAUCGAUGGCUUCAGCAAACGUUUUCAUUCUUCAAUUCUCCACAUACAGAGAAACAUUUUCAAACAAAUUACACUCAAUCCUUAGAUGUUUUGAGUAGAGUAGUCAAAUAGAAAAUAAAGUUUGUAAAAAGCA